UACUUUCAGGAAGGAAACGAAUGAAAACAAAAUAUUGCGCGCAAAUAUUCAAGUAGUGUUGCUAAGGCUUAUGUUCAAGAAUCCUGUGACUUUGGUUUAGUUUUUCAUAGAAAUGAAACUGUGCAUGAGGAUUUAACGCAUCAGGAAGGAUACAAUGGCCGGUUCCUUAUCUGCCAAGAAAACAAUCCCGAAGUUACACAAGAGUCAUGGUGAAAUCGAAGAGAGACAAGUUGCAUUUGGUACACGCAUUCCUGGACCACGGGAAUCUAAACGUGCCAAGAAUUCACUGCAUAGAAGUGUCAAAUCAUUAGGUGGGCAGGAUGUGUUUGAGGAGAACGCCAUGUUGAGAGAAAGUCUACAGAGACUGGACCAUGACCACAAGAACAUGGAGGAAGAACUUGAACGCACCGUGAAAGAUGCAAAUCAACAUCUUGCUAACAUGAAAGAUUUACUGGACAAAAAGGAAAAAGCUCAUGCAGCUCUCUUUGGUGAAGUGUCAAAGAAAAAUGAAGAUUUGGAAGAACAGUUAUCCAAGUAUGAGAGGAAGCUUGUGUCCAGUAACAUUGAUCCAGUGAGUCUGGAGAACAUGGAGCCGAGUGAGGAAGACGCUCAGGCCAUUGCACAGAAGAAGGUGAUGGCAAAGGUAAAGGUGAAGGACAUGAGGGAAAAACUGAAGGACAUGAACCAUAGAACACAGACAUACCUGGAAGACCUACAGAACAUGAAACGUCAACUGGAGGAGUUGGAGGACGUCAGCAGUCGUAUAACAAUGGGAGACGACUCUGAUGAGGAGAAAGCUGUCCAGCAGAAGGAGCCACCAUCAACAGUGUUCCUGACACAGGCCGCAGACAGCAGCAAAUGAGGCAGGGUGGACUUGUGUGGAGAUAAAUCAUCAUUGUCAGACAACAUGUGUCACAUUUUCCUUGACUGAAUGAUGUUGUGAAUGCAGAUGAGAGAAAUAAUUACAGCUUGUUUUGUCUUGGGAGUUGAAAUCUGUAAAGGCAGACCCACACAGGUCGGCCCGUCGCAUCGAUAUGCCGAAUUCAACUGAGUCGUAUCGUCUGGAUGAUUAAUCAAAUUCAACAAAUGGUCCAAAUUGUCCGCUGGACCCACAUCGAUUGUGCCGUGAGUGUGUAGAGCUUGUUUUAGUUACUCGGCAAGUUGGAUGUGGCGUGGCCAGUCAAAUUGCGUUUUGGUGUCAUGUAAAUAUGUAUAGACAGGUGCGAAACAUGGCUUUAUCGGCUUCAAAGAGACCAAGCCUCGAUUUUUCACAACUGUUCAUCUUCAAUUUCAAGUUCUUGCAUGAGAUGGUUGUAUGCACUGUGCAUGUCGGGACGGAGAAUCCAAUCUUUCGUCCAACAACUUCUCAAUUUCUUCGCUUUGACAUUGCCGCCUCCUUCACAUAGUCUCGCACAGCAGAUAACUGCUGCUAAGUCUGCUUCAGACAUUUUGAUACUAUGGAAACAAAUACCGCGAGAUAUUAUGAGAUCGACCCUAAUAUCGGCAGAUCAAAUACUAGUAGUGUGAGAGGUAGCAAAUCGAUCAGUCUAUAUUGGUUACAAUCAUCAAACAUGUUGUGCAAUAUAUGGAAAUCGCAGGUCGUUACGACGUGCCAACCAGAGUGAUUCGUGCUUAAGCAAAUCAGGCCAAAAGUUAUAAAAUAAAUUAAAAAAUUUACACAGAUUCCUUUUUGCUUUAAUUAUGGAUUGUAUUUUUCUACAGUACAUGAUAGUUCCUUUGGUAUGUUCAGUAUGAAUGUUUUUUAGUUGUCUUUUCCAAUGAAAUGUUCCCCGAAUUAAAUAUGUGCACUUGCAUUAAUAUUUAUUUCUUGUACUUAUGGCAGAAUACAAGUAGAGUCUGUUGUCUUUGUUAGGCGAAAUAUUGUUGUCGAUGUGAACGUCUGUCAAACAUUCCAUGUUGUCUGAAGGAAUGUUUACACAUCCGUCCUAACCAUUCGAUGUGUCAUAAAUUGUAACAUUGUUCUUACUCCCAAGUGCUUUAGGACAAAUCAACAUUAAUUUUAAUUAUUGAAUACAUAUUUUUUAUUCGCAAUGUAGAUAGUUAUUUCUACUUUUUAGAGAUAUUACGAUAGGAUUGUUGAUGUUAUUAUAUUUGUGCCUUAUGAAAUAGCAACUUUAUUUCACGAUUUGGAAUGUAUUUUUUAAUAUUUUGAGCUUUAGAAAACAUUUACUAGACACUUAGAUCAGAAGAGAUAUUUAACAAAUUGUAGAUGUUUUAA